GUUAAUCAGAAAUCCAGCACCAUGUCAUACACCGUCGAACAGAGGGCCAAGGCCAACAGCCUGGAGUACCGGCUUUUCUUCAAGAACUGCAAGGGCCAGUAUAUAUCACCAUUUCAUGAUAUCCCCUUGUUUGCAGAUGAAGCAAAGGGUAUAUUCAACAUGGUAGUAGAAGUACCCCGGUGGACCAAUGCCAAAAUGGAGAUCGCCACAAAGGACCCUCUGAAUCCAAUCAAGCAAGAUGUGAAGAAAGGCAAGCUCCGUUAUGUUGCAAACGUAUUCCCUCAUAAAGGUUAUAUCUGGAACUAUGGGGCCUUGCCACAGACAUGGGAAAAUCCAUCUCAUAUUGAUGAGAACACAGGCUUUGGUGGUGAUAAUGACCCAAUUGAUGUCUGUGACAUUGGAAGCAAGGUGUGUGAUAGAGGAGAUGUUAUUAAGGUGAAAAUCCUGGGAACUCUGGCAUUAAUUGAUGAGGGAGAAACAGACUGGAAGAUCAUAGCCAUAAAUGCUGAAGACCCUGAAGCUUCGCAUUACAAUGACAUAGAAGAUGUCAGACGACUGAAACCCAAUUAUCUGGAGUCCACCGUUGACUGGUUCCGACGGUACAAAGUUCCAGAUGGGAAGCCAGAGAACCAGUUUGCCUUUGACGCAGAAUUUAAAAAUAAGGAUUUUGCCAUUAAUAUAAUUAAAAGUACCCAUGAGCACUGGAAGUCACUGGUGACUAAAAGAAUAGAAGGAGGAGAAAUCAAUUGCACUAACGUCACGGUACAAGAUAGCCCUUUCCUCUCCAAGGCAGAAGAAGUGGAAUCCAUUGUGAAGGCAGCGCCUCCUUGUGGACCCCCUAGCCCUGUUGCAGAAGAUGUGGACAAGUGGUACUAUUACCAGAAAAACUAAUUAUUGGGUGAAGACUUAGAGCAAUUACUGCAUGCUUUUAUCCAGUCGCUGGGAUCUGCAGUACAGAGAAGACUCUGGCAAGAAAAUAAAUAUGACUACAGUAACCAAUCCAUGUCAAGUACAAAAUGCCCCCUUCCCCUGGCACUUAGCUUUAUUAUGCAACCCAUUCUGCCACCUCAGGGUCACCCUGGAUAUUAACACCUUUGAGCACCUGCAGCAGAUCUCCCUUAUAAUAGAAAUCUACUUCCAGGAUUACAGUAAUAUUAUUUGGAAUAUUUGUGUUUUUGUGAAAGCAGAUUAGCAGGAUUAAAAUGCAGAUAUCUGCUAAAUUGUUUAACCUCUGUGGAGGUUGCCUUCAUCAAUAGAAUAAAGCUACUUUUGAGGAUAAA